AUGGCCAAGCAAACCAAGCAGCAGCCCCUGGCGGCCCUCGACACCCCACAACAGACAUGCAGCAGCAGCAGCAGCUCCAUGUCUAGCGAGGCAGCAGCAGCAGCAGAACGAGACCCAGAACUCAGCCGGGCGGGCGACGCCCCGGGGGGCCCCCCUGGGGUCCCCCCGGGGGGCCCCCCAGGCCCUGAGGAGACGGACAGGCUGCCACUGAGGGCCGAAACCUUUCUCAACUUUGUUGACCCCUCGACGCUGCUGCUGCUGCCCCCCAGGGAGACAGCAGAGGCUCUUGUGCGCCAACACAGGGAGCGGCUGACGCUGGCCAGGCAGCAGCAGCAGCAGCAGCAGCAGCAGCUGCAGCUGCAGCAGCAGCAUCAAAGGGGCGCCUGCACCUGUCCCCCGCCGCACAAGCGUCUCAGGGGCCCCCGUCGCGCCGCCAGCUGCUGCGCCGCCCGCCUCGGCCCCCCGCUGGGCCCCGCCCUGGGGGCCCCCUCGGGGGCCCCAGGGGGGCCCCCAGGGGGGCCCCCAGGGGGGCCCGCAGGGGUGGCCCCGGCGGCGGGUUCGAGCCCGCCGCCGCUGCUGCCGUGCAGCGAGGAGGCCCCGCUGCUGGCGCUGGAAAGAAGCAUCGCUGCGCGGAACACGCUGCACCGGCUGCGGCACCAAGUGCUGGAGCUGCCGAGGCCGAACCGCCACGGCGUGGGGCUGAUCUACGGGGCGCGCAUGAGCAGCGACGACGGCCACGACUACAGAGUCAUCUACUGGGGCGAGUUGUACGGCUCGACGAAGGAGGAGAAGGCGAUCCACAAGAGAAAUGCGCAGCAAUUCCGAGCGCUCAUCCGCUCCCUCGUGGAAGCUUCGCCCGACAAAUGUUUGACAGUUCAGCAAUUGGUGCUGGACUUGGACAUCAACAUGAGCAAGGGAUGGGUGCACUUCGCAAAACUUUCGCUCCCCGGAAAACACGACCCCUACAGCGAAUUUCUCUUGCGGAGAAAACGCGAAGAAGCGCCAGCAGCCCAGCAGCCCUCUUCGUCUUGA